AAGAUGAAGAAACUGAGGAAGCAGGAUGGAUGCCACGUCCGCAUUUCAGUCCAUCGCAAUGAAUUCUGGUGAAGCGGCUCACUCCCGAAUGACGUCCAACACUGCGGCUCUAGCGGUCGACUUACAACCAUGCUUCAAUGCCGCCGCGCCGGAAGACAAGGACGCGGCCAUGGCGGUCUCAGACGCGAUGUCAGCAGCAGGUCCAGCACCGGCCGCCAGCUGGCCGCUCCGGCAAUCGCUGGUUGCCUGUUGGACGGGUUCCGUGUGCCUGGGCACGUUCGUCGGCUACACCGUUCCCGCGUGGACGACCCUCAAGGAAGAUCCGCGCUUCACCAACAUAGACCCCUUCUGGUUCUUCUCGCUUGGGGUUCUCGGGGCCGUGGGCGGCUCUGUGGUUGGCGCAAUGUCGGCGCAAGCCAUUGGGCGCCGCCGUACCAUGGCAGUCAGUGCCGUGGGCGCCCUCUGCACCUGGCUGUGCGUCGGCUGCGCGCAGCAGUUGUGGUAUCUCUACAUAGGCCGCCUCAUCAACGGCUUUUUUGCCGGUAUGCUGUCCCUGGUGGUGCCAGCACUCAUCGCUGAGCUGGCCGACGCCAGGAACCGAGGCGUGCAGGGUGCUCUCCACUACAUCAGCACGCUCAUCGGCUCAAUAUAUGUCAGCUUGCUGGGACGCUACACGGCUUGGUCCAGCUUGGCGUUUGCAUGCAUCAUACCAGCGGUCGGACUGCUUCCUUUGUCCUGGUUCAUCGUGGAAUCUCCACGCUGGCUUCUGCAGAUUGGCCACCGUGAAAGCGCCAUGGCCAUGCAGCGAAGCCUGCGCAAGGAACCGGUCGAGGCCAACGCAGAGUUCAGGCUGAUGGAGAGGGAAUUCUCGCGUGCCGUAACGCCGUCGCUGCACUACUGGCUGGCGGCGCACAUGAUGUUCCUGCAGCAGUUCUGUGGAGCCAACAUGGCUGCAAGCUACGCGCGAGCAAUCGUGGCGGCGGCGGGCAUCGAGCUGGACGAGGGCCUGGCCGACCUCGCCAUUCUCGCCAUACAGUUGGCGGUGGCAUGUGCUGCCCUUCCCCUGGUGGACACCGUGGGUCGUCUGCGUCUACUGGUGUCCUCCGCGAACAUAUGCGUCGUAAGCAUGAUCCUGCUGGCAAGCGUGUAUCCAAGCAUUCCAGCUGACACCCUGCAGUACACCGCUAGCAUGCCGUCGACUGCUGCGAACGCCACUGAAAUGGCGGCCGGUGGAUCCGGCGUUACAGGGAGCCCGCUGGGACUCAUCUUCCUGGCUGUCUUUUACUUUGGCUAUGCACUCGGUCUUGGGCCCCUGACUUGGAUACAGGCCGUGGAGCUGACGCCCCUUCGCGGCUACGGCGUGGAACUAGGAAGCGUGUGCACCUUCUACUGGGCGUGUGCUUUCUGCAGCGUGGCCUUCUUCGAGCGCGUUCGCAGAGACUUUGGCUUCAGUGAACUUGGUUGGUUCUACGGCACGCUAACACUGGCCAACGGGCUGGUGCUGUACUACUUCAUGCCGGAGACGAAGCAGCUCGCUCUGGAGACCAUCCUGCUCGACGAAUGCCCCGUCGAGAACAUGCUUGGCCGGCGUCGCUCGUUCCACCCGAGCGUUGUGGCUCGCAGCAAGCGGCCAACUCUGUCAUCGGUGGGUGGCAAUGAUCGUCUGGGAGUCUCCCUGCCCUCCGUGGCUCUCCCGUGCAAGUCGGAGAGCCUGUCCGCUGAUAUCCCCAGCCCUUUCAAGGCUCACAAUUCGCCGGGUGUACCGGGCCAACAACAGCCUCUCACUCCUUGAGAUGACGUACCUCCACGUGUAUAUCGUCUUCACGCACGCUAUCUACUGGUUGCGCGCGAUAAAAAAAAACACUAGUAGUAAUAAUAAAACGAAA